AUGUCUGUAGCUCGUACAAGCUCCAGGCAUCACGACCGGGCUCCGUCGUCGUCGCGUCGGCGCUACUACGCGAAGGAGGACUACGCGCAGCCGAGAGAUGAGCACACGUCUCGUUCGACGUCUCAUCAGCGCUACUCUUCGUCGCACCAGAGACCACACCGCAGCAACAGCGCGUCAAGCCUACCUGAAGGACUUAGUCAUGUCUCGCGAGACCCGAAGUGUUACUCCAAGUAUGGCUACGCGCCAGAGAAUGCAGUGCUGCUUCUGCGUCGACAGAGCACGCAGCCACCACGCCGCCGCACCUCGUUCAUAUCUCACUCCAACGGGGAGAACGAGGGAGAAGGGGUCUACCACCGACGAGCUGUCGAGUCAACCGGUCCUCGUUGCCACUCGACGCCGCACAGGCGGCACUCGUCCUCUCGUCAUGCCACAUCAGCGAACGGUGCUUUAAGCACCGCUCUCGUAGUUGUUGAGGAUAGCAAGCAAGCGUCCCCGCGUCGCUCUGCUCGCACCUCCACUGACGGCUCCCCUCGCCGUAGACACCACCAACACAGGGCGUCGGAAGUUGGCGACAGCAGCGUGGUGCGCAGUCCUCGCCAACAUCGGUGUCGCUCUUCGGCAAGCCCGCGCCGCUCACACAGACCAACAGGCUCGCCUAUUCGUCCCGAGCGCCACCACUCAUCCUCAUAUGAGCUCCGCCAUGCGUCUACCAAGCCGCACGCACGCAGCUCCCAAGGCAGUCCCCGGCGCCACCGCCACUCAGACACGACAAGCUCGACAGCCCCUGCACCAACAAUUGUGGCAAAACACCGGCAGGACACGCUGCGGCACAGCAGUCCCCGUCAAGCGGGGGUGACUGCCAAGGGUGAGGCAACACCGCGCCGCACUCACCGGUACAGUCGAGCGAAAGGGGGCAGCAGCGCAGUGAAGGAUGAUCGUAGCCCACGUCGGCACGCCAGUGCACACCGCAGUCGUAGCUCGCGGACGGAGUCCCAACACCAUUCCGAGAAGCGUCAUCGCCAUCAUCGCACCUCGACUCCUGACUCCGUGGGUGAGGCAAGCCACCGCUCUCGGCACACGCCCUUCUUUCGCCCAUCAUCAGAGGACCUGUAUGCGGUGCCGCCGCCUCCGACCGGCUCCACGUACCUUCGUCCUACAGCCAACAGCCAUACGGCUGGUCACCCUCGCUCCGGUUCCCACAUUGAGGUAAUUAGCGUAAACUCGACGCGCCUGGAGUCCACUAAUGGAUGGUCGCACCCCCACCCCAACGCCCCUCACCCCUCUCGCCGAUCCCACGAGGAUGACCCACCAGUGGUGAUUCCCAGCCCACGAGGGCAGCAGAUUAUGCAGCGCAUCGACUCCACCCGUCACUGGAUAGAGAAAAUGAAGGAGGAGCUGAAGGACCGUGAGCACGAGUUUCAGCGGGUAGAUGUCGCACGCAAGCGUGCAGCUCGGCACAGCGCACGUAGGGAGCCUUCCAACUUAGCCUCACAUGCUGAGAGCGCACGGCGGCACCGCACCUCGUCCACUGGCUCGCGCCGCCACACGCGCGGAGAGACUCAUGCAGCUGUCCCGCCGCCUGUGGGCGCAGCUUCCCAGGCAAUAAGCCGUCAGCACACGCAUGAAGCGAUUCCAUCGGUGGCUUCUUCGAACGGGUCUCGCCGUGUAUCUGAGCAGCAAGCGCCGCCAAAGCAUGAGAAGCGCCACCACAACAGUCGUUCGUCUGUAAAGGCGCCGCCGCCGCCACCAGUCACUGCUCCCCGCACCCCAACAUCGGACCCGGACCCGCAGAAGGCAUUGAUGGACACCGUCAGCAGCUCUCGCGAGGGGGGUUUCGACUACCCGAUCUUCUCCUUCAUGUCCUUCUUGGACGGCAACACGUUCGAUAGCACCGCGAGUCUAUGCCAGUACAACGUGAACCUCGCCGAGAGCCUUAGUGACGAGCACCUCGACAUCCUGCGAGCGGCCAUCUUUAACCACAAUGAAGAAGCGUUUGCAGAACUUCUCUACGGUGAUGAUGUAGAAGCGGAGAUCGGCGGCGCUGCAGCGUCACUUGGACACAGCGAAAAUUCAGUGGUGCAGCACGAACUGGCUGUGCUCCAACAAGCAGCUGUGCGGCGGUUCAAUGACAAGUGUACGAAAGCGCUCAAGAGGCUCUUGUCAGCAGAGGGUGGCCUAGCCAAAGCGGUCCAGGUGGCUGCUUCGCAGCUGGAGCACCAAGCGUACCAAGUGGACGAAUGUCUGGUGGUUGCUCCGUGA